UGGCAGAAGGCGACGUUCUUCUUCCGUUCAGUUGCAAUGGCUGUGCUGGUGGGGGGACAGACAUGGGGGCUAUCUUCAGCAAAUUCGUCGAAAAAAACCGUGGUUUUGGUCAAAUUGACAGACUCCUCACUCAGAGCACUCGAAAACUACAUUCACAAUAAGUCCGUGUUCGGAUCAGCAUCACAAGACGACCCGCAGCCAGGUCAAUCGCCGCCCGUGCCCACCAUACAAUUCCAUCAAGAUGGAUCUUCAGAUUCUGGGGCAUUCUCCAUUCCCAUGGGCCAUGAUAAGUCGGCCAAUUUCUCCUUCUCUCUGUCUUCCAACGAUGAUGUCAAUGGACCGCAAGGCAGCUUUGAAUGUCUAUCGUCGGAGCCGAGCAGGACUCUGGUAUCGUUGGGAACCAUUCCCGAAAAACUUCACGUUCAAGCCUCGGAUGAUGCAUAUAAAAGGUUUGGUCAGAAAAUGAUUGAAGCAAAUGAGGAAAAAAAUAAGCGUACUACGCAAUUGUUGGAACAGAAUUGUGGCAAGGGAUUGGUGGCCUCCAAAGCUAAGUUUGUCAGAAAGUCCCGCCCACAUCUACCUGUGCCCUCAAACAAACUCUCGCCGCAUCCUCGGCUCCGAGAUCCAGGAGGUGGGUCAAAUCUGCCACAGAGGACCCGCUCACCGACCAUCAUGCACUCCUCCUCAACCUCCUCGUCUUCAAAUGCGUCGGCUCCUCCUUCGAGGGCUGUCGCUCCAAAUUCCUCUUCCUCCUCCUCCUCCUCAUCUUUCCUGAGCGAAACUCAUCCGAUGCUGAACCGAAGUCCGAAGGGACGCUCGAUGAUGAACUUCAAGCCCCAUUCAGAAAUCAUGAAAAGACCUCUCAAGGAACGAAUUAUUCAUUUAUUGGCUGUGAGACCCUACAAGAAACCCGAACUAUUAUCCCGAGUGACACGAGAUGGUAUUCGGGAUAAGGACAAGAAGCACAUCACCAUGAUAUUGAAACAAGUGUCAUAUAUGAAGGAUAACUGCUAUUUCUUGCUCCGACACAUAUGGAAUGAUGUUUCCGAGGAUUGGCCAUUCUACUCUGAACAGGAGCGCCAAGCCUUCCGUCGAAGAAAACCCCAAAACCUCACACCUCCCUUUUCGGAUGGCUCAACCUCGAGUUCAGGCCACUCCCCUUCCUCCACCCACGCUGCCUCACCGCCGAGCUCAAUUAGUCCCAACGGCACGAGUAGUCCCCAAGGGCGCAAGCGAGGGCCUGCUUUUUUCGAGGACAUCGCUGCCAAAAAGAGACGCGUGUCCAAGUAUGUUCGACCAGCUGAUGAGCGGAACAGCAGUCCGCAAAAGACGGGAAGUCCCUUCCAAAACGCCCCCCAUCAAACGACCAUCCUUGGGGGUGUGGAUCGUGGAGAGGGCCUUAACGACGAAAACGAAUCUGUGAUGACUAACUAUUAUGGUGGUGAUGGCGGCGCAAACAAGCAAAACAUGCCUCCUUGGGAUGAGUAUACGCCCAACUCAAGUCCCGAGCUCAACAAGAGCCCAUCCCCAUCUCCAUCUCCGAUGAUGGAAUCUGCACCUGUGAGGCAGCAACCCUCCCAUCCUUCUACGACUCCCCCUCCCCCUCCCGCUAAUGAUUCUCCAGCUCCUCCACGCCUUUCACCGACGAAGGAAGAGAAGAAGUCCCCACCAAGCUUCAUGAAAGAGUUCACCAAAGUGGUUUCUCAAAAGCAACGAAGAGCAUACAAGAAGGAAUUUGAUGUUGAUUACCAGACCUACACGAAGUUGCAUUCGCAAUUGAGCGAAGUGAGGCCCAAAUUUGCAGCUUUGGAGUCUCAACUGAAUCAGGAAAAUCGGGAGUCCGAGACACGACGGCGCAUAAAAUCAAAAAUCCAUGAGGAAUAUAAGGAGUUCAAGAGAAUGAAGAACUAUUUCGGAUAUCUGCACACCAAAUUGGCCCACAUCAGGAAAUUGGUCAACGAGUACGAUCAGACUGCAGCCACAAAAAAGAACGCCACUCCAGCUGCUAUAGUGCCUCAGGUCUCUUAGUGGGCUGCUUUGGCCAAUCCUUGACGAUGAUGGCCAUUGAUUGAUUUCCAAUUCAAACACUUCCAUGGGGCAUUGUUUUUUCCUCCAGAAAAAGAAAAGAAAACCCGUUGAUGAGAUAUAUUUAAAAAAUACAUACAGAUCGUGUCUCCUUCCAUUUCCUGGUGUCAAGGCACUACUGAUCAAACGUCGAAGAAAAGGGCUGCUGUCUCCUACUGACAUUAAUUCGGUGAUGGUCUGCAAGGUGUCAUGCUCUCUCCCUUUUAAAGUGGACUACCUUUCGAGGCCACAUAUCGACCAAGUGAUCUUUGGUUCAAAGACUUGGCUGAAAGUGCGGUAUGUGGUUGUGGGCGAGUGUGGCCUCUUGAAGCAGUGUGUCUCCAGAAACUUUAAAACGACUACAAAUGUGCAUUACUAUUGGUUUUAUCCCACCAUCGUUCUCAACCUGCCAUCAUCUCUCGUGAGGAAGAAUCCAUUACAUUUCAAGUUUAAUAUGCACUCAUGGUUCUGAAUAUCGAUCUAUUCGUCUAUCUCCUGGUCUUCGUCUAAUGGGCAGAAAUGUCCUUUACCAAGAAAGGAAGAGAAGAAAUUGUCUAACAAGGACCCCAACCCAUCCAGGUCUCGCUGUUCUCCAAAAGACUAUCAUCUUUCCUUCAAUCCCGACCCCAGUGUUAAGCAACCACCCACCCACACCUACCAACCCAUCUUGAUCCCCGAACAGAACUAAUAUAAAGUUACUUAAAACUGAUGAAGACGAAGAAGCAACUCUGAACUGUGAUUCAAAACAGGACGUUUCUCUUCGACAUCAACCACGACGACUACAAUGAUGACCCGUAUUAUUCCCAUUUUCCCGUGCCAUUAGCAAUUGCAAGCAAGCCAAUCACGCCAUGAACUGCAACUUGAGCUCUGAAAUGAUUAUCAAAGAUGGUGGACGAUAAUUACCAUUCCUUCGAUUAAUAACACAACUACUACCACUUCUACUACGACUAUUACUACUACUACUACUGAUACUACAACUAUUGUGACGAAGACCACUAUCACUAUUGCUUCUACUUCUACUUCUACCUGCAUGCAACUUGACGGACACAAAAAGUCAUUUGUCAAAUGUGGUCAGCCUGAAUUCACAAAAAAAUAUCACGGAGGCCUUUCGCAAGCCUGGAUUACAUAUGUAACUGACACGCCUCUUUCACAAAAUAUGAAAAAAAAUCUUACUCGAAUUCUCCAACCCUCUCUUUCUCAUAUCAUAGUUGAUAUCAAUCACCAUUUGACAUUCAAUAAGAGACACGUCCACCUACCCAAAACCACAAGAUUCAUACACAACUUUUCGUUUUUCUGCCCACUUCAGGCUAGUAAUUGUUCUCGUUUUCGUUUUCCCAAAAAAUACAAUAUAUUCUUGAUCAUAAACACUACGCUCUUGAUAAUAAUAACAACAAUGAUAACCAUCCCGAAGGUCCCUAUUCUCUCCCGGAGAUGGGUAGAACCACCACCCAAAACACAAUCCUUUCGGUUUCUAACCGUAGUCUGUUUACAGGGGAGAGGCCCUUUUAUAUCAUUAUUGUACUUGUUACCAACGACCUCAUUCCCUGGUAAUUCUUCUUUCGCCGAUUGCCAGGUCCCUUUCAACCCUACUCCUACCAAGACCGAAUGUUACUUGCUCUUGAUCGAAUUCCAGCCAUUUCAGAAUAUUUGCCGAUUCUAUCCAAAAGCCGAAAACCCCACUCCCCAUUGCAUCAUUGUCGUAGUUGUUGUUAUCAUUAUCAUCCUCGUCAUUAUUAUCAUCACCCUUAUCAACAGCAACGUCAUCUUUUCUUUUUCUUUGGUCCCUCUUUCCCGAUUCUCCUUGUUCGUGUCCGAUGAUGAUCUUACCCACGAGAUCAUCCUUGAUUUCCGAAGGAACCCAUGGAUUCAUGGGGUCAACUUCCUUCAUGUUUUUCAAUGCCCGCCGUUCUUCAUUUUUUGAAAUAGGCAAAUGUUCAGAGGAUUUCAACUUCAUUAUAUUGCAUUUAUUGUAUGGCUACAAGCAAGAAAGCAAAUGAGCAGAUAAAAAACCUAAAAAAAAUAAAUACAAUCUGCCAGACCUACAUCAUAA